CAACCAUUUGAACCAUUUGAACGAGUUGGACCCAUUAACUAAACUCGUGGUUGAAGCACAUUCGAAAAAUGUUUGUAUUAACUUAAAGAUCAACAUUAACUGAGUCUGAAAGAGUAAUUAAUAUUGGAUAUUAGAUUCAGACUUCGGACCGCUACUUUCGAUCAUACUGUUACUUCAGUAUGUUGUCCUUGAGUAGCAAAAACGGGCUACACAGGCUGAUUUAUUCAUCAUACUCGCGACUUUCAUCUUCGGAGCCAAGUCAACCUUCGAAAGUUGAUAGUUCUGAUGAGUCCAUUCCAUUUAAACCGUACAGUCCUUUUCCAAAACCACAAGGGAAAAUAGACUAUGUUAUCACCCGGCUUGAUGAUUUAGCAGACUGGGCCAGAAAAAACUCCAUAUAUCCACUUACUUUUGGUCUUGCAUGCUGUGCCGUUGAAAUGAUGCAUAUCGCUGGGCCUCGUUAUGACAUGGAUCGUUAUGGGGUAGUUUUUCGGGCUAGCCCACGUCAAGCUGAUCUUUUAAUCGUCUCUGGAACUGUUACGAACAAGAUGGCUCCGGCUCUUCACAGAAUUUACAGCCAAAUGACUCAACCGAAGUGGGUUAUUUCAAUGGGCUCUUGUGCAAAUGGUGGUGGUUACUAUCAUUAUUCAUAUAGUGUUGUACGUGGCUGUGAUCGCAUUAUCCCAGUUGAUAUAUAUGUCCCAGGUUGUCCUCCAUCUGCGGAAGCACUAAUGUAUUCUAUAUUACAAUUGCAAAAGAAAAUUAAAUCUGAAAAACACUUUAAAUCAUGGUAUAGGAGAUAAAUGAAGAAUUUAUCUGAACUGAAGAAAGAAUUUUUAGAACUGAUUGGAACUCACUUUCUAAAAUUAAUCCACGCAUUAGUGUUUACUUGUAUUUAUUAUAGAAAAUAAGACAUUUCUAGAUACACAUGUGUUUAUCUGCUCGGUUUUACGUACCACUUUUUGAAUAAAAUAUAGGUUUCCCAUCCACAA